CUGAGUUUGGUGGGCUGUGUGCAUUGCAUUUUCCCCCCUGGCAUCUUAACCCCAAAUGUGGUUGUCAACAUGGCGGCCUUCAUGGAUGCAGUCCCUGGAGGGAGACUUCUCAGGAGGAUGACUGAGAAUAUCUAUUCCUCCGAGGAUGUUCUGGUUCUGAUCGCCACAGUUCUAUCCUUGUACAACGCCGUCGAGCUCCUCGUCCUUAUAUUCCUUAAAUUCAAGCGACGCCGCGGCCUGUAUUUUUGGAGCAUCUCCCUCGCCUCCUUUGGAAUCAUCCCUUACUGUAUUGGGUGGAUGCUUGUCCAAUUCGGCUUCAGCCAUGCGUGGGUGGGAAUGACCAUUGAUUCCAUCGGGUGGAUCUUGCUGGUCUCAGGGCAUUCAAUGGUUCUGUACUCGAGGCUUCAUCUGGUCCUUCAGAAUAGGACCAUUCUGCGGGGCGUGUUGGGCAUGAUCAUUGUCAACGGCGUCGUCUGGCACACUACCAUCACUGUCCUUCUCUUUGGUUCGGCCUACACAACCGGUGAUACCAAGGUGGUCUUCAACCAUGUCUUUUUCGGCGUCCUAGAAAAGGUGCAAAUGACCGUCUUCUGCGUCCAGGAGUUCAUAAUUUCUGGGCUCUACAUCUGGAAGACGAUCGAGAUCCUCAAAACAGCCUUUGGUAGUAAGAGGGUGUUCCUAUUGAAGCUGUACUCCAUCAAUGUGUUUAUAAUUAUCAUGAACAUUGCUCUCCUCGCCAUCGAGUAUAAGAGCUUGUUCCUCUGGGAGCAGGGAGUCAAGGUCAUUACAUACUCGAUCAAGCUGAAGCUCGAAUUCGCCGUUUUUGGCCAGCUCGUCGAAUUCGUGCAGCACCGCACAGGCAACACUUUAAACGGCCUGACGAGUGUCAACACAGGCGCCUUUGUCGAGCUUUCUGGUAGCCGGACGAAGAAGGAUACAAAGGGCCGGCCGAUGACGGGUCGGGGGGAGGCGAUUCACAUGGAGAAUAUUAAGACAAACGUGAAAUCAACGACGGCGAUAGGCAAGAAUUCCUCCGUACCGGGCACCCUUCACCAUGACCGAAGCCAGAUUAAAGUCACCACGAGGAUCGAUGUGGACAGCAACGGGGGUAGCCGUGAGUCUGGGGAUAGCGAUAGCACGCGCCACUUGUACGAGGGUGCUAUCCAGGAGAUUGCGAGAUCUUAG